AGCUUUGAUAUAAAUAUGGGAAGACAUCUUCAUGCCAUCAUCAGUUUGACUGUUGAGGUCGAUUCGAACACAUCUAAAAUGUCUCUUCCCGUCGUCGCCACCUUGGCCGUUCUUCUUGCAGUCGCCUGCGCUGCUCCCCAGUUGACUGUUACCAAAUCAGCCCAACCUGAGCCAUUCGACGAUCAUCCCCAAUACAGUUUCUCUUACAGCGUGAACGACCCUACCACCGGAGACUCCAAGAGCCAGAACGAAGAAAGGGAUGGCGACGUCGUAAAAGGAAGCUACACUUUGGUCGAACCCGAUGGCUCCAGGAGGGUAGUCGAAUACACCGCCGACCCCGUCAACGGUUUCAACGCUGUCGUCCACAAGGACGCCGCCUCUGGUGUGGUCGCUAAAGCCGCCCCUGUCGUCCGCGUUGCUACACCUGUUACCCGCGUCUACACUCCAGUAACCGUCGCUCACGCUCCAGUCGCUGUUGCACACGCACCAGUCACUUUCGCACACGCACCAGUUGCUGUAGCUCACGCUCCAGUCGCCUACUCACACGCCCCCGUAGCCGUCGCUCACGCUCCAGUCGUCUCUUACGGCCCUGCGACAUCGACCGCUUCCUUCUCUGCACCCUACGCCACUUACAGCUUUUAAGAUGUCUUUCUGAUCGACAAAACACUUGGCUUGUACAUAUAACUCGUCUGUGAAUAAACUGUAUUGAUACAUUA